AUGUAUAGUAUCAAGGAGAAAUGGGCAUGGUGCUAUGUAAAGAAUGCUUGCACGUUGGGCAUGAGAAGUACACAGCUUAGUGAAAGUGUAAAUGCUGAUGUGAAAAGAUGCACAACUCCAAAUUUGGAUAUCAAUAAAUUCUUUACCACCUUUGACAAAGUUGUUUCAAAGAAGCGAGACAAGGAAUUGAAACUUAAGUUUGAUACUCGGCAAAAAAUUCCUAGGAUGGUCAAUCAGAGUGCACCUAUAUUGUGCCAACUUGUGGUAACUUAUACCCCUAGUGCAUUUGACAUGUUUCAAGCACAAUGGGAUCUCCAAUUCUCUGUGAUAUUAACUCCACGUGAUGAAAAUGGACCAUUAUAUAUAUACAUUGUCCACAUGAUUGAUGAAGAAGGAGAAUGGAGAGUUGAGUUUAAACCUGAUACACAUGAAAUAUCUUGUACUUGUGGAAUGUUUGAGACCAUUAGGAUAAUGUGUUGUCAUGUAUUGAAGGUGUAUGAGUCAAAGGAUGUAAGAAUUAUGCCAAAGCAAUACAUUAUUAAGCGAUGGACUAGGGAAGCAAGAAGUAAUGUUGCAUAUGACGUUAGGGGGAGUGAGAUACAAAGAGACCCUAAACUUGAAAUCACACGAAGAUUCAUGUACUUAAUGUAUAAGAUGGUGAGAUUGGCAACAAAAGCAACCAAGACUCAUGAAAGUUUUGAGCUUGUUGAUAAAUACAUCAUUGAGAUAGAAAAUAAAAUCCUAAACAAUGAAGAUGUUGUUCCUGAACCAAGCAUAGCACUAAUGGUAGAGUCAGAAAAUAUUCCUAAGGGAUUCAAAAAGAGAGAAGGAAGAAAAAGAAAAUGA